AUGCUUGAGCGUGAUAGGAAUUAUUCUGCUCCAUCUAGCAGUUCUGCAAGUAGCAAUAAUGAAGGGAAUGAGCAGGAGUCUUUGUCUAUCAGCGAACCAGGUCCAAGUGCGACAGUAGAGCCCAAGUCAGCAAUUGACGUCGCUCUUGAGCUGAUUGCCCAGGAAGAGCUUGAAGCUAUAAACGCGGCCAGAAUGAACCCCGCCUCUACAAAUGCAAAAACGGACUCAGAUAUGCGACCGUCCGUUAAACGAAAAGAAACGCAACGUUCU